GUCCGCCGUCUAAAGAUGAAGAAAGUGACGUGCACAGCGCCCGUCAACAUCGCCGUUAUACUAUUAGGGGGGAAGCGGAACGAGGAGCUCAUCCUCCCCAUCAACUCCUCCCUCAGCGUCACGCUGCACCAGGAUCAGUUAAAAACCACGACCAGCAUCGCCACCAGCCGAGACAUCACCGAAGACCGUAUCUGGCUGAACGGGAAGGAAGACGACAUCAACCACCCGCGCCUGCAGUCCUGCCUGCGAGAAAUUCGCCGCCUGGCCAGGAAGAGGCGGAGCAGCGGCAGCGAAGACGGCGCCUCCAGGAACCUAAACUACAAAGUCCACAUUUGCUCCGUCAACAAUUUCCCCACCGCGGCGGGGCUGGCGUCCUCGGCCGCGGGAUACGCUUGUCUGGUCUACACACUGGCCGAGCUGUACGGCGUGGAGGGCGAGCUGUCCGAGAUCGCCCGGCAGGGUUCCGGCAGCGCCUGCAGGAGUAUGUACGGCGGCUUCGUCCAAUGGCUGAUGGGAGAGCGGGAAGAUGGUAAAGACAGCCUGGCGCAGCAGGUGGAGGCGGAGACUCACUGGCCAGAACUACGGGUCCUCAUCCUGGUGGCCAGCGCAGAGAAGAAGCAUGUUGGCAGUACGGCCGGGAUGCAGACCAGUGUGAAGACCAGCCCAUUACUCAAGAUGAGGGCGGAGUCUGUGGUUCCGGGAAGAAUGGAAGAGAUGAUCGAGUCUAUCAGGAAAAAGGAUUUUGAAAGCUUUGGGCAGCUGACUAUGAAGGACAGCAAUCAGUUCCACGCUACGUGUCUGGACACCUUCCCCCCGAUCUUCUACCUCAACCAGGUGUCACAGCAAAUCAUCAACCUGGUCCACCGCUACAACGCCCACUACGGGCAGACCAAGGUUGCAUACAGCUUUGACGCGGGUCCCAACGCCGUCCUCUUCCUGUUGGAGCCGACAGUCAAUGAGUUUGUGGAAGUUGUAAAACAUUCCUUCCCUCCGGCCCCUAAUGGAGACCCGUUUAUUAAAGGGUUACCGGUGAGCCCCGCCCCCUUGUCUCAGGAGCUGACAACGGCCAUUGAAGGUGACGCGUGCCCCGGAGGAGUGCGAUAUGUCAUCAUCACACAGACCGGACCGGGCCCGGCACAAUCCCAGGACCCCACGCUGGAUCUCUUAGGAGCAGACGGACUUCCCAGAUCCUCCGCCUGAGAUGAAACAAUUAAAACCUUUCGGAAAAGACAUUUUAUUUAUACACCAGAAGGUCGAGUCUGUUACUGGA